AUGCCAAAACAAAGUGUAAGAAUUAAAAAAAAAGCGUUUCGUGCGUGUGCCUUUAAUUUACAGCUCGCUGAUUGGUCGGAAAAAAUGUCAAAAUAGCGGAAACGAACAUUCGCUUUAAAUUUCAAAUCCUGACAUUUUUAUUGGACUGAUUGGGACAUAUUUGUCACAUUAAAUUGUGAGACUAUUCAAUUAAAGUGUUCAAAAUAGAUAUAUUUCAAUAUAGUGUCCCAAAAUAAGAGAUGUUCGUUUCCGCUCUUUUGGCAUUCGCUCUUUUGGCAUUCGCUCUUGUAAUAUCCGCGAUUUCUGGUUUUUCCGCUGUUUUGUCACCCUUUAGAAAAAUGAUUAGGCAGCCAAUCAGCGAGCUGCAGAUUAUAGGCACACGCACAAAACGCGUUUUUUCCGCUGUUUUAGCCUUUGUUUCCGCCGUUAUGGCAUCCGCUGUUUUGACAGGCCCAGGAAAAUCGUUUCUAAUCUAGCUAGCUAAUUCGCGUUUCUAACCCGACCUAUUUAGUUAGAUUACAAAUUUACUGCGAUUAGAUAACAAAGUCUUCUAACUAGACUGAUACAUUUUUUAAUUAUAUUGCAAAAGCAAAAUUUUCCUAAUUAGAUUGCAAAAACACUGAUAUUAGAUUCAAAAUUCAUCUAAUUAGAUUAACCUUCUGUGACGAUUGCGUUUCGCAAGUCUCAACGAACGGUUUUGGAACUGCAAGAAACGCGCGGUUCGUUGAAAAAAGCGCGAGACUCAUUGCAAGAUGCGCGAGACUUCUUGUAACUUUUGAGUUUCAUUGCAACAUUCGAAAAACUCAUUGUAACUCUUGAGUUCCAUUGCAACUUUCGAAUUUCUCAUUGCAACUUUUGCACUUUCGACAACUUGCGAAACGAAGAAAAGCUAAAAUUAGUUUAGAUUCCAUUUUCAUCUAGCUAGAUUAGGAACUCGGUUUAUAUUACGAAAUCUUCUAACUAGAUUACAAACGAUUUGCCUGAGCGGUCUCUUAUGUUUUGCUAUUUUAACACCUUUUUCUUUGAAACUGUCAUGUCAUUAAAAGUUUUUUACAGAAAAUGUUGUCCUCGUCUUUUCGAAGCAUAGUCUGUAGAACCAGUGGCUCUGCUCGAGCGCUCUUUUCAACUUCUUCUGUACAAAAAAACAACGAAAAAGUGUGGGAAAACCCUUGGAAGCACGCGCUCCCCGAGAAAAGUGAGUAGAACAUCAAAAUAAUAUUUAACCGCUUCAAAAGUAAAAUGACAAAAUUUCACAAUCUGCAGCAAAAACGCUGGCGACAGUGGAAGAAGUGCCGGUCGAUUGGUCGUUUGUGGAGCGAUUGAUGCCGAUCCAGAUCAUACCUGAAGUUCCAAAGCACGAGAGCUAUCCGACACCAAGUGGAUGGACACCUCCAACUGGUGAGCUAUCCUUUUUAAUCGAAAAAACGCAUAAUAUUCAGAAUUGGGCAAAACACACUCGUACUACGUGCGACGCCGUCCCGAUCAUCUGUUGCCGCUGUUUUUGGAAAGAAAACGUGAUUUGUUGAACGAAAAAACGCUGGAUUUUGAUUAUGUGGAGUUGGUGACCGUCCGAAAUGUGGAUGGAGAUGUUUUUGUAUGCGAACUUUUCAGUUUGAGUUUAUAUUCUCUCACAUUGCAUUUUUCAGGCCUGUGAGCAAGAUCUACGCAGCUACCUGGAAGAGCAUCUCGGGCAUCCCAUCGCCAGCCAUGUCGACGAACUCAAAGGCCGAAUAAAGGUGAAAGGAGCCCCGCGGGCUCUCAUCGAACAAUUUUUCUACAGCAGAGGUUUUUGAUUAUAAAUAGUGCUUAUCAAAAAAUAGAUUCCCACAGUUUUUCUUUUUUGUUGAGUUUAUUGUAUAUUUGUUGUCCGAUAAAAUACAAAGUUUUAUUCUAUCAAUUCGUUGAAAACCGGUUCUUAUCCGUCGGUUCUGUGUUACUUCAUUGUACCGUUUAUUGCAAGAAUUGAUUGAUGCCGAUGAAAAAAAUUUUCUCCAGACGAAUGCCAGUGUGCUGCACAAAUUGCCGCACAAAAUACUCGCUGUUGAAUAGAGAGGUAGGAAAAUACUCCGGCUAAAUCAAGAAAGCUAAAUCAAGAAAGCUAAAUCAAGAAUUUUUGCGCGUUGGCGUUUCAUUUCUGACGUUUCUUUGUCUGAAAAAUCCAUUAAUUUUUUACAGGCAGGCUGCUCAAGUUGUGCUCUUUCUUUCUGUAAAAAAUGUUUGUCACAUCGAUCUAUAAUCCCGAGUCUGUCGGACCGACCGAUGAUUGUCUGCGACGGCUGCUACGAGAAGCUCGAAGCGGCCAAGAUGAAGCCGGAAGCUGUGGUUUGUGAAUUCUCCCCAUUUAUUCGGAUUCCAAUAAACAUCUUAAUAAUUUAUUUUUAUUUGAAACGUCAUCCGUUGCAGAUCACUUCGACGCCUCUACCAAGCACUUCUGGAGUCGAUUCCCGUGCUACGCUUCCUCAAAGCAGUUUAAAAAACUGGUGGGGAGACGGUCACCCGCCGCCGUCCUUCAGAGACACAUACGGGAACCCUUCAGCGACGACGAGACCAUUUGUUCCUCCAAAAGUACGAGAAACCAUCAGUUUUCUAAGUCGAAUUUGUGAUGUUAAUAUAACUCUUGGGGGGUUUGUCUCUCUGUUUGUUUGUUUAUUUCUCCGUUUGUCCGUCACCACUUUCAUUUUUCCCGUGGGAACUAGCGGAGGGACUUUUGGACCACCUGUAAUAUCCCGGACCAAAUGUGACCGCGAAAAAAAUUAUGAAAAGAUGGACGAGAAACACGCACAGGCCAUGUCGAUUUAAGGGCCGCUUUUUUACUUCACAAAAAAAUUGGCUUCGCCGCUUGUUUGUUUCUCAUAACCGUUUAUGAGUUCACGUGUUAAUUUCUUAAUUUCUUCCUCACAACUUUUUCGGUUUAGAAAUGAAAGUGGGACGGACAAACGGAGAAAUAAGCAAAUAGAGGGACAAACCCCCAAGAGUUAUAUUAAUAAGAAUGAUUGUUUCAGCAUAAUGCUCCAACCCCAGCUCCGAAUGCAAACCCGGAUUGGGAGCUUGAACAGCGGAGAGCCAAGCUCCGGCAGGAUCUGGAGCCACAAAACGAGGCAUUAAGCCAAGAGGAGAUUGAGGAAAGAUUCGCAAAGUUGCGAGGUGUGGAUGUAGAACUGAUACGAAAUCCACGAAGUGUACGGUUUCUUCAACUUCGAAAUAAAUUCUAUAAACUCCCCUUUUCAGUGGUUUGCUCCAUCGGAAACGGAUCCAUUCUCAUCAAAUCAAAAAGCGAAAACGCCAGCGGAACUCAUCAAAAUCGCUGAGGAUCGAGCACGGAUUGAGCAAAAAGAGGAGGAAGCAGAUUUAAUGGAAAUUGAAGAAUUUGAGAAGAGAAGACGGCAACUAAGAGAUGAAGAAGGAGGGAAAGAGGAAGAUUUGGGAAACGUACGGGAGUCGGUGGUGUCUGGAGGCACUGAAUUCAGCGAGGCGACCAAGGAAGAAAUGAACGAGAUUAAUGGGUAGGCGGAGUGAGAUUUCAGUGUUUAGAAUUUUUAAAAAGUAUUCAGUCUGUUGAACGAUGCAGAGAAGCGCGUGGCAGAGACGAGAGCUCAGGAGGAAAAAGACACAGCAGAGCUAAGAUCUGUGAUGAAAGCAAGUGAGUGUCUCCUAUAUACGCUGUUUUAUAGAGAAAAGUGGAAAUUCUUCAGCUCGACAAAAAUCGCUCGACGCCAUGCAAUGGAACGAAAAGAUUAGCGGUGAGAUGGCGCAGUUUUGGGAUCGACGGAACGAAAAGGAAGCGAACGAAUCUUCGGAUGAAGACGAAAUCGAAGAGGAGCAACUCCGACAGAUUAUCAAAGAAGCCGAAGAGACUCCGGACCAAGCGCCUGCGGAAAAAUCUCAAGCUGCCACAACGUCACCAAAGAAGAAAGGGUUUUUCGAGAAAAUUUUCCGAAAAGACUCUAAACACUAA